ACCACAAAUGAUGAUGACCGCCGUUGGAAGAAGUAGAAGAAGAAGAAGAAAACUGUGUUGUGGUUUGACUUCCAAUCAAGAUGGCGACGCGCAGUUUCUUUCCAUCACUCAGCAGACUGAGGUUUGCUGUAAAGCGUUGUCCAUUCCAAUCCGGAUGGGCUCAGUACUCCACCGCCCCCAGUCCCGAUGAAGAGACGUUUGACAAGAUCCUAAUCGCAAACAGAGGAGAGAUUGCCUGCAGGGUGAUCAAGACAUGCAAGAAGAUGGGUAUUGGGACUGUUGCUGUUCAUAGCGAUGUGGACUCCAAUGCGGUCCAUGUCAAGAUGGCAGAUGAGGCCGUGUGUGUUGGGCCCGCCCCCACCAGUCAGAGCUACCUCAACAUGGAUGCCAUUCUGGAUGCUGUAAGAGCCACUAAAGCCCAAGCGGUUCACCCGGGCUAUGGCUUUCUUUCUGAAAACAAAGAGUUUGCAAAGAGGCUGGCAAAGGAGGGUGUGGCAUUCAUCGGGCCAGACACUGGUGCCAUCCAAGCAAUGGGAGAUAAAAUUGAGAGCAAGCUGAUUGCCAAGGCUGCCAAGGUCAACACUAUCCCGGGGUUUGAUGGCGUGGUUGAGACUGCUGAGGAAGCUGUGAAAAUAGCACAAAAUAUUGGCUACCCGGUCAUGAUAAAAGCAUCUGCAGGCGGUGGAGGAAAAGGAAUGAGAAUUGCAUGGAAUGAUGAGGAAACAAGAGAAGGCUUCCGGUUCUCAUCCCAAGAGGCAGCAUCAAGCUUUGGAGAUGAUAGACUUCUUAUUGAGAAAUACAUAGACAACCCCAGGCACAUAGAGAUUCAGGUGUUGGCAGAUAAACAUGGUAAUGCUCUUUGGCUGAAUGAAAGAGAAUGCUCUAUCCAGAGGAGGAACCAGAAAGUGGUGGAAGAAGCACCCAGUACUUUCCUUGACCCGGUGACAAGACGAGCAAUGGGCGAGCAAGCGGUACAGCUGGCCAAGGCAGUGCAUUACUCUUCUGCUGGUACCGUGGAGUUCCUGGUAGAUUCCAGAAAGAGCUUCUACUUCCUGGAGAUGAACACACGGCUGCAGGUUGAGCAUCCCAUAACGGAGUGUAUUACUGGUCUGGACCUGGUGGAGCAGAUGAUCCUGGUUGCCAAGGGUUACCAACUGCGACACAAACAGGAAGAUAUCCCAAUAAACGGCUGGGCCUUGGAGAGCCGUGUCUACGCUGAGGACCCUUACAAGUCAUUUGGUCUUCCCUCCAUUGGAAGGCUAUCCCAAUACCGGGAACCAGUCAGUCUCAACAACGUCCGUGUGGACAGCGGCAUCCAGGAAGGAAGUGACAUCAGUAUUUAUUAUGACCCCAUGAUUUCCAAGUUAAUAACCUACGGAGCGACAAGAGCGGAAGCCCUCGCCAAAAUGGAGGAUGCUCUGGAUAACUAUGUCAUCCGGGGUGUGACCCACAACAUUCCGCUCUUGAGAGAAAUCAUCACCCACCCCCGCUUCAUUUCCGGCGACAUUAGCACAAACUUCCUUCCAGAGGUUUACCCCGACGGAUUCAAAGGUCAUCAGCUUGAGGUGGACCAGCAGCGAGAGUUGAUAGCGUCUGCAGCGGCGCUGUACAUCACAGCGCAGCUCUCCUCCCAGAAGGUCCUAGGAAACCUGAGGGUGUCCUCCGUACCAGUGGAGCGUAGCAGCUGGGAGCUUUGUGCACAGCUGGAAGAGCGAUGGCAUGCGGUGCAAGUUAGUAAAUCAGGAGACACGUAUACGGUGCAAGUGGACGGAGCACGCGUGGACGUCCACGGACAAGUCAACUUGGCUUCCCCGCUGCUGCCGCUCACCAUCAACGGGGCACACAGGACGCUGCAGUGUCUAUCCCGGGAUGCUUCAGGACACAUUGUACUGCAAUAUCUGGGCACAUCGUUUAGGGUUUGCAUUCUGUCCAAACUGGCUGCAGAACUGAACUCCUACAUGCCUGAGAAAGUUCCAGAGGACACCAGCAGCAUCCUACGUUCGCCGAUGCCCGGCACAGUGGUGGCAGUUUCUGUAAAGCCCGGAGAUACGGUUGCAGAGGGCCAAGAGAUCUGUGUGAUUGAAGCUAUGAAAAUGCAGAACAGCAUGACGGCCGUCAAGCAAGCCAAGGUAAAGCGUGUCCAUUGUAAGCCAGGUGAGACGGUGGGUGAAGGAGAUCUGCUGGUAGAGCUGGAUGAUCCCUCUCUCAGUACGUCGUGAGGGAUCAACACUGAUUGAAAGACUGGACUCAACCAAUGAUGAAGCUCUCAAUGCAUGAAUGCCCCCAACAGUGCCUCAGCGUUAAACAAUAGAAAUACUUCUGUCAAUCUGGAUUUGGAAGCCAUUGCUCAAGAUCUGGCAUUCAAACACCAUAAUAAAAUACUGUCACUACUUUUAUAAUAGGAAUAUUUUAUCACCUAUGUUGGUCAUAACUUGGAAGCAUUUUACAUGGGAUAUUAUUUGUUGCUGGAUUAAAAGUGUCAUUUUUGCCAUUUGCAAAAUAAAGAUUAGGGGUUACACUAUA